UUUUAAAUGAGUGGCUACCUGUUGCUCUUGGUGUCACUUUUGGCACUGCACAGCUCGUUGGCUCUCAAGAAUUUGGAUGAGCCCAGAUGGAAGUCGUUUAGUGAUGCCGAAUUGGCAUGUGCCAAUUAUUUGCUCAUUACCAAUGAAACACUCCAGCGGUACCAUAGCAGCGGAUAUCCAAAUGAACGGAGUGUUUGGAAGCUUAUGUACUGUAUAUUUAUUGAGUUGCACGCGUGGAAUGAAAAUCGUCAGGAGGUUAAGGACUACGUGUUCAGUCAGUUCUUUAUUCCAUCUACGACCGAUUGUCAAUACAAACAGCAUACCGAAGAAUGCCUCGAUCAGAACGUGAAGCCCCUGAACACAACUGAUACACUUGGACGAGCGUACCAAACGUUCCAGUGCUAUUACCAAAACUACGCUGGAAUCAGUGACGAAGUGAAAUGGAUUCCAUAUCAUUUCAGUGAAAUCGUGCAAACAGAUAUUGAUUGUAUGCACAUCGAAAGUCUCUCGCCGGAAUCGCUGUUGGACUUCUGUCAAGGCCGCGUAGCGUCAAAUCCAGACUAUCCAGCGCUGGCGUACUGUUUCUUCGUACGGACCGGUAUCUACAACAAAACAACUGGAAUGGAUCUAGAGAAGCUGUAUGUGCAGUUCGGUUCCAAACCACUGCUCCAUGAGCACACCAAGUUAUGCGUAGCUGAAGUGGCCGAACAGUACUGCAAGGAACCGGAGCGAAUCGGACACAUUCUUUUGGACUGUUUAAUCCAAUACCUUCCGGCUACGCUUGAUAUCGGCACGGCUGCCAGCGAUGCACUGGGAAAUCCUCCGGAGUGUGUCAUUCUUCCAAGUCCGCCACCAAAAACUCAACCAUGCUACAAUGGACCGUGCGUUUAGGGAAGGUAUAUUUGCGGUUUGCCGUAAUAGAGAGUUUUAAAUAAAGCUGUAUUCAUUGCACACUGUUUGCUACAGAUCUCCGUCAAAUUGGCUAGUCAUUCUCUUGUUAAAAAAAAACUUACAUUGUGCGCCAAAGAAAGUUUGUUUGUACUAGGUAUGACGACACUGUUUUCAUUCCGCUAUCUAGACCAAAUAUCAUUUUGGUGUCACACCUCUUUUGUUGAAACUGUUCUCAGCGUCAAUUUUAUAACCACUGCAUUUUGUUUUUUUUUUGUGUUUCAUAAUUGUGCAUGAAUUAUUUUGCUGAUUACAAUGUUUGUGCUUUCUUAUGCAAUUCAUUAAAAAGCAUUUGAUAAGAUUUUUUCUGUAGGUACCUCUAUAGUCAUGCACACAUACAGGCAGUACUAAAAUUAAUUCUCGAAAAUGAUAUAAAUUCACGUAGGUAUCUGGACUGAGCACACUUUACAAAAAUGCUUGAAUGAGUUGCUAUAGUUAAGACAUUUGACCUAUAUU